CUCAUAAGGAUCAACCUGGAGGAGAGUUAAACUCGCAGCUCCAAACAGAAACACCGAACGCACCAACUUCUCUCAAUAAUGGGACUUUUACGGUUCUUCUACCGAGCACGGAGGCGUUUUAAGUAACCGUGUGCACGUUGGCGGACAACUUUUAGUCGGGGGAAUCGGUCGACGUGUUGCUCGCGCUUCAGUUUCAACAAGAGUUCUGCUUUCUGUCGGAUGGGAGUGAGUGAGACAGGUCAGUUUUAGAGACAGACAGGUCGGUUCUAACGGACAUUUAACGGUUCUUUCGGUUCGAUGUCCACGGUAAACUGCGCCGAGGAGCUGGACUUCAGACUCAUCUUCGAGGAGGACGGCAGACAGACGGCAGGUCCAGAUCUCAAUGAGAGGAUUGUUAACACCUCUCAGGCUCUGACCCAGCAGCCCAUCAUCCAGGAGCUGCAGAGCCACCCUCCAUGUCUCCCCUCCUCAGGCGACUACCAGCAUGUUGGCUACCUGUCCCAGGGGCCCCAGUACGGCGCCCAGGGGAACCUCCGAGCCUUUGACUGCCCCAGCAUCCAGAUCACCUCUAUCGCUCCAAACAACCAUGUGGAGCCGGGGACAAGCCAGGAAGGUUUGGCCGUUGGCGGUGCAGAGGGGGGCUACCCUGAGGCGUCCUGGUCCAGGGGCCAGCUCUAUCUGCCGCUGGACCCGUGCUACAGAGACCAGGCACUGUGCCCGAGCCCCUGCAGCAGCCUGUCUUCCAGGAGCUGGAUGUCUGACCUCUCCUCCUGCGAGUCCUUCUCCCAUGUCUACGACGACGUGGAGGGUGAGCUGAGGGACGCCGCUCGCCUCGCUCUGGGUUCCCCCAUCGGGUCGCCCAUGGGGUCCCCAGGGUGUGGGGGUGGGGCUUUUGGAGUUGAACUGUGGCAGCAGAAGUACCAGCAUCCUCUGGCAUUCAGUCCGCAGCUGUCCCCUCAUCAGUCGCCUCGUCAGUCGCCUCGUCAGUCCCCCUGUCACUCCCCACGCACCAGUGUCACUGAGGAGAACUGGCUGAGCCGCCGGCCCACCUCCAGACCCUCCUCCAGACCGACCUCCCCCUGCGGAAAGAGACGCCACUCCAGUGCCGACCCCCACGCCCGCUCUCCUUCUCCUCACCACUCCCCCAGCCCCACGCCAGGCGCCUCCCCCCGUGGCAGCAUCACAGAUGAGACCUGGGUGGGGAGCCCCGGCGGUGCCCUCGGACCCCUGUUGAUGUCCGGCUACCAGGAGCUGGACGUCCCCUCUAAGACAAGGAGGACAUCGGGAACCCAGCUGGGCCUCCUCCCCGGUCAGGGUGACUCUGGACUCGAGUCCUUCCAGGAUUCUCCCGGGGAGGAGGGACGUGAGCAGGACGGGCUGGCUGAGCUCUUCCUUCAGGUGCCGUCCCACUUCAGCUGGAACAAACCCAAACCUGGAAACCCUCCGCUCUUCAGGACAUCCUCGCCCCCUCCUCUGGACUGGCCUCUGCCCAGCCAGUUCGAGCAGUUCGAGCUGAAGCUGGAGGUCCAGCCUCGGUCUUACCACAGGGCGCAUUACGAGACGGAGGGCAGCAGAGGAUCUAUUAAAGCAGCUACAGGACAUCCGGUCAUUAAGCUGACAGGAUACAGCGAGCAGCCGGUCAGCCUGCUGUUAUUCAUCGGAACGGCAGACGACCGCUACCUCCGGCCUCACUCCUUCUACCAGGUCCACCGAGUGACAGGGAAGAUGGUCACCACCAGCUGCCAGGAGAAGAUGAUGGGCUGCACCAAAGUCCUGGAGAUCCCUCUGCUACCAGAAAAUAACAUGUCAGCCAGCAUCGACUGCGCCGGCAUCCUGAAGCUGCGGAACGCUGACAUCGAGCUGAAGAAAGGGGAGACGGACAUCGGGCGGAAGAACACCAGGGUGCGAGUUGUGUUCAGGGUCGCCAUUCCACAGCCAGACGGGCGGGCGCUGUGGCUGCAGACGGCGUCUGUUCCUGUGGAGUGCUCCCAGCGCUCGGGUCAGGAGCUUCCUCAGGUGGAGAGCUUCAGUCCGACGUGCUGCUCUGCUGACGGAGGAGAGGAGCUGAUCAUCACUGGAUCAAACAUCUCUGCAACAUCCAGGGUUAUCUUCACAGAGAAAGGGCCUGAUGGAAGGUCACUGUGGGAGAUGGAUGCCAGACUUGUGCCAGAAAAAAGCAGAGGAUCCAGCAUCGUGGUGGAGGUCCCUCCUUACAAUAAGAAGAUAAAGGAUCCAGUCCAGGUCCAGUUCUACGUCUCAAACGGGAAGAGGAGAAGAAGUCUGACACAGAGCUUCACCUUCCUGCCUGCAGUCAGACUUCACCUUCCUGCAGUCAAACAGGAGAGAUGGGAAUCAGACUGCAUCUCCCACAAUCCCCCGGGCUUCUGUUCCUCCUCCUCCUGUGAUCGAGUCCCAGACCUGCUGUAUUAUGAUUCUUGUGACAUCCCGGUUCAUUGUGGUCCUCCUGGGCAGAAUCACCCCCCUCUCUCUUCAGUGUUUCCUCACUCUUUGUCAGCUCCAUCCUUGACCUCCUUGGCCUCUCAGCAGACCUUCAUUCCUCCUCAGAGCUUCAGCAUCCCCCCUCCUAAAACCUCCUCAGUCCUUCCUCCGGUCUCAUCCAUGCCUCCUCAGGCCUUCACCAUCCCUCCUCAGACCUCUGCAGUCCCCACCCUGCCUCCUCAGGCGUCUUCGCUGCCCCUUCAGACCUUCACCGUCCCCCCUCAGAGGGAGCAUUCUUCUCCUGGUUCCAGAAGGGUCUUCAUGACUCCUACGGCUCCUCAGAAAGACCCUCUGCUUCAUAUUCAAGGAGAACCUCUGGGGAUCAAGCAGGAACCAGAAGACCAGCCAAACCUGGGCUCCUUGGGCCUCCAAGAGAUCACGUUGGAUGAUGUGAACGAGAUAAUCGACAGAGACAUCGGCAGCCUGAGCAGCACUCAACCCGACCAGUAUGACCAGUACCACCAGUACGACUGGGAGCACAAGUCUGGCGAUGCGGCCUUACCGUUCUGCGGCAGUCCUCAGUGACCGGGACUCUUCUUCUGCCGUCUGGACUAAAACGCGGUCACGCUCGCACAAAGUGCGUCAAACUGAACCUGAAGUGCCUGAGAACCAAUCAGCAGCCUCCAACGAGUCUGCCGGCUCGUCACGUUUCCUCAUCUGUCUCAGGAAUGUUUUAAAGACUUAACCAAAGAGUUUUCAUCCUGUCAUGACUGAAUUUAGACGAACUGUAGAGCAAUCAAAGGGCUUUAACUUCAUAGAAACACCAUCAGUCUUCUAACCGUCGAGGCUAAAGCCGCUAAAAAGGACAAAAAUUUUACAUUAUUUAUUGGCCAAUUAAUUAAGAAAUUUAUUUUUGAUAUUCUGGAUCAGGUCCAGGUAAAAUAACUUGAGUUUAUGUGAUCAUGACAUUUUUAUAGUUUGGUUUUUCUCAUAUGGUUUACAUUUCUCUCUCUGAUUAAUGGUAACGCCGUUCAACCUGAACUGUUUGCUGUGAAGCUUCAGACACCAAGCUAUAGACAUGUUUUAAAGGUUGAAGUAAAAACUAAAGAAAACAAGAUGUUCUGUGUUUUUAUAAAGGACUGAAUCCCUAAAUGUGAGUUAGAAAAUGCUUUAUUUUGUGUAAACCUUCUCUAGAAAUCUUUAGAAGCAUCGGGUCAGAGGUGAAGUUUCAUAUCAUCCUCUAUUUCUACAGAAAAACAUCCCAAACUCUCAGUCAUCAGAGCGAAAACACUUUAGGAGGCGUUCUUCAGUGUUUGGAUUCUUAAGUGUUGGAAAAUUAUCACAUAUUAAAGAUCUAUUUAGGCCUUUAGAUUUUUAUUGGCUUAAAUCACAUCUUGUCUCAUGGUCUAAGUCUCGUCAACCCCUGAAGGACACAAUAAUAUACUUCUAGCAAAUAUGUCCUGUUGAGAGCUGCACGGCAGUGCAGGGGUUAGCGCUGUUGCCUCACAGCAAGAAGGUCCCUGGUUGGCUUCCCAGUCAGGGCCUUUCUGUGU